AUGGGAUGCUAUGUGCCUGAUGAGAAGCUGAAGGAGGAGUUGGUACAUGUUGAGAAGGUCAAGAAAGAGGAAGACAGCCUUGAGAGAGGAAGCAUAGGUACACUGUUCGGAGAGGAGAUCGAAGAGGCAGAGGACGAUGUUGAGCAUACCGAAGAUAUCGAGGACUUAUCUUCACUACAAACCGAAAUCUACAGUGAGGGCGACAGCUCCACAGGCAUCGAAACACCGCCUUCGACAACCGAGGAGCUUAUAGAUCCUACACUCACGCUGUCACCCAUACCGAAGCCAACGGACCCCUGCCCAGAACACUGUCCCUCCCGCCGGCGUCGCCUCCGCGAUAACGUCCGCGAUCCGAAAUAUCCAUCGUGUACAUACCACUGCCACAAUCCACAUGCUCCUUUCGAAUUCGAGCCAAGCGGCGAGCAAGUCGGCUUCUGGCUUCCACAUGGACUGCAGGAUGAACAAGCACGGAAAGAAUGGACAGUGGCGACUAACAAGAGAAUGAGGGACUUUAGGAUGGCAUGCAGAAGUCUGUUUGGGAAUGAUUGUGCGGGUGUGAAGGCAACUACAGAGGUUCAGCGGUGUGCGUGGGAUUUCAUUAGAGCGGAUUAUGGGUAUGGUGAGCGGAGGGACUGA